AUGGGUGGCGGCAACCGAGAAGGCGGCAAGGCCAAGCCCUUGAAGCAGCCCAAGAAGGCGGACAAGGACCUCGACGAAGACGACAAGGCCUUUCUCGAGAAGAAGCGCGCAGAGGAAAAGGCGCGCAAGGAGAUGGCGGCCAAGGCCGGCGGGAAGGGCCCGCUUAACACGGGAUCGCAGGGCAUCAAGAAGAGCGGCAAGAAAUGA